UAUUUUGGCUAUUAUUUUUGGCAUUAGCGAAAACAGAGUGUGCCAAUGAAAGAAACAGAAUAGGAGUGAAACGGAAAUGGCAAUAAAACUUUUAUUUAAUCAGCAAGAUGAAAGGGGAAUAAAGGGGUAGGGGAUUGAGCCACGAUUCAAGUCAGAUCUGGAGAGGGGCUUCCGUCCUGUUCUCGUCGCACCUCUUUACCUCCGCCGCCGCCGCUAUUGUCCCAUUCCAAUCUAGAACCCAUAGUCUUCUUCGUGAUUGUGCGGUUCUUUGGUGAGAGCAUGAGCUCGUCUACUUCCGGAACACGAGAGAUGUUAUCUCCAAAUUCUACAGCAACAUCUAUUGGCCAAGUUCAAAAGGUGCCUGGUUUUGCCAAGCUUCAGGGUGAAAACUUUGUGUACUUCAUGCAAACUUAUUCAAUCAUGUUGGGACGCACUAGCAGAAGUUAUACUGCAGACUUUGAUCUCUCUAAAUAUGAAUGUGGGAGCCAAUGUGUUUCCCGAUGCCAUGCAUGUAUAUUCUACGACUUUGAACUCCGCCAUUUUGCCAUUGAAGUCCUUGGAAGAAAUGGAUGCACCAUUCGAGGGGUCUCUUAUCUCCCAGGUAGUGUCCCUAUUAAAUUGAAUUCUCAGGACCUCAUUGAGAUUGCUGGCAUAAAAUUCUACUUUCUUCUACCAUCUCGCUCCAUUUUUGCCACUCUUGCUGCUCGAGAUGCUACUAUGUUGCCUCCACAAUCUCCAUCCUUGUUGCACCCUAAUUACCCUGGGAAUCCAAGUGCUAAUGAUUGUGGUCGUAGCAAUGGUGAGAAUGGGGUUAAAAUCAGCAAUGACAUGCAAGGGAAGUUGGUGAAACAAAAGAGAAGUUUUUCUGGAGAAUUGGAUAUAUCUUACAGUUAUGGCACCAAAAAAAAUGUUGAUCGAGUUGGAACACUUGAUGGAUGUGUCAGCAAGCUACAUAUACAAAUUGCAGAUAAGGAUACAGACAAUCAACAGAUCCUACUAGAAGAAGAGAAGGAUGUAACCACUUGUCUUACAACCCUGAUAUCUGAGUUAUCAGGUCCUAAAGAAUGGGUGCCUAUGGAAAGACUCCUUUCAGAGAUUUCUAAACGUUUUGGUAAAAAAUGGCUUCGUGACAGGGUAAGCAAGUACUUACCACAAAAGGGCAUGUCUGGCUCUUCAACUAAAGUUGAUCAUAGGCCAUGGUGUAGCUUGUGGGAGCUACUCAGGAAGCACCCAGAGCAUUUUGUCAUGACCACAUUGACAAGAGGAGAAGAAACAUCAGAUUAUGUUGGCUUGGUACACCUGGUAUCUGUGGAAAAUGAACCAUGAAUCCUAGACCCAUUAUUGCCAUUCGAAGGACUUCCGUACCAUUAUGGGCUAGUUAUGUUUGAAAUAAACUAGGACAUAUUAUUGUUAUCAUAUAAAAUUUGAAGCCCAUUUUGUAGUAUGGCUAUCAUGUUCUAUUGUAAAACUAUGCAGCUUUGAUGUGGUACCUUUAGUUUUGAUCUAUGCAUUUCAAUGUCGGAGUUUGGAAACAUUUAUUUUGAAAGAGUUUGAUUUAUUGGGAAAAUAUUAUUGUGUGUUCCUCCAGUUGAGAGUUGUGCUCAUUUCUUUAAAGUUUUCUAAUGCUAAGAUGCAUUGUCCACCUGACAUUAUUGGAAAUAUUUUUGAUACAUCAUAUUAUUCAUGAAAUAGUGGUUAUGGACUUUAAGGCUAUAACAACAAUGCCAUCAAUUAAAAACUCUCUAGGCCUCAAUUCCUAGAUGUUAGGACUAUACAUAAGGCAAACACUAAGGACCUACAUUUUUGGCAAGUUCCCCAUCACUACUAUUGGGAGGUUUUCCCAUCAAUUUCUAGAGGGCGAUGGAUUUGGAAAAAUACGGAUGUUUGUGUAAAAGGGUAAGUACUAUCACUUAGAACUUUACUACACUCUCAAAGUCUUUGUACGACUCUUUUGAGUAAUCCAAAGAGUUGAAUACAACCUUAGUUUCACUAAGUAUAUAUUAGGAAUGCCACUACUACCUAGAUUGUAGCAUUCAAAUAAUACAAGUUUCGCAUUUUGAAAUACAUAAAGGGUGAUCCUACUAGCUACACAUAUGUUCCAGCUAGCCUUUUGAUUUACCCAAAGUAGUAGGGGGCAAGUAGACACCAAUCUUUCUAUAUGGACUUCAAUCAUCUAUACACAAAUGUUGCCACAUGAUACUUAAGGUUGUUAUGCAAAGCUUGCCCGAAUUGUAGUCUCUCUUAUGUGUUCUUGUCCCUAACAUUUUCAUGAACUUCAGGCAUCUCAAAACUCAUUAUGCAUAUCUAGUUAAUACAUGUUGGAGUGAGGUAAAUGUUUGUCCCCAUCUCUUUGCAGAAAUGGUACUGCAUCCUACAAGAAUAGAUAAUAUGUGAUAUUAUAUUCUUCCUAAAGUACUUAUAUUGAUGCGAUGAAGUGAAAUAUAUAUCUUGUGAUUGACUUACAGAGAAAACAAAGGUAACUUAUGAGAUAUUUAGGUUCUUAUGGCGUAGCAACCUAUGCAUGUCAAUGAAUUUACAAUGAUUUUUGUCAUCCUUAUUCCAAUUGAACACUUCCUUUAGAACAUCUAGGAUUCCUUCCACUACUACCAUGUACCAAUGAUGGAACCUCUAUGUAGCACCCCCAAAUACCUGAUCUUCGGUUUAGUCAAAUUUCUCUAACAAGAAUCGGAAUGAAGUAUCUUCGGAUGAAGAAUUAUACUUUGGAACGCACCCUUUCUAAAAUAAAUAAUAAUAUUAUAAUAACGUUAGUUUAAAAAUUAGAAGCUGGAAUUUUAUUUGUGAGCUUCGAGAAAUAAAUGAUAGAAAUACUUUCAAUCUAUUAGAUUAGAUUAUUCCCUUCAUGAACUAUAUAAUAAAAAACACUCUCUUAAAAUAUUUGAAAUAAAGUAACUCUUGAUAAAAGAGUAUAUAAUACCUUCCCCUAAAACUAAACAAGUGGUAAAUAUUGAAUAAUUGAAUGGGAUUUUAAUUAGGUUAUGCAUUUAAAAGAGUAUUUUUCUAAUAAGAACUUUGAGUGAGUGCCUUACCUGCUUGAAGCAUUUCCUUAAAUGAAGAAAAUAA